GGUCUAAACUUUCACCUCUUUUUUUCGUUUCUGGCUUUCGGGUCGACCCUUUUUUCUCCCUCCGACAAGGGCUGGUAAAUUGAUUUUCUUAAUCACCCACAUUCCGAAGGAAACCCAUACUUUUUUACUAUGUGUUAGGUUUCAGCUUUGGAUUUCUCUGGAAUUGAGUGUUCCAGUUCUUCUGGGGACAAUGGAGGUUCCAGUGCCCAAUUGCGGGUUCUUUGUUUACAAGAGGAGAAAGAAGAGUUCUGAAUUUGACAAGGGAGGGAAUGAAAAAGAAAAAGAAUCGGUUUUGGUUCCAGGCACACCUGUUAAGCUGCAAAUAGCCAAAGUCUAUGCUAGACGGAAUUCCAUCAAGUUUAAAAAUCGCUGUCCUUCAAUGUCCCUGGCUUUAGAAGCCACGACGAGCAGACAAAAAGAUUCUCAUGCCUCGAGUGCUAAAGAGCCGAAGCAAGAGAAAGAUCAGAGUUGUAAUGAAACAGGGACCAGUUGUGUUAAGGUUGCAGAUGAUGAAGGAAACGUUUCAGUGCGUUUUGAUAUCGUCAGCUUGAGUUUUGAGCAUCAUAAUAGAGUUGAUGAGAAAGAUAAAAACGCAUGCACCGACAGAGAGGCUGGUGAUAUGGUUUGUUUCACUAAUAAGGAAUCGAAUAACGUCCUUGGUAACUCUAGUAGUGGGAGCCCAAAUUCACUAGGUUCUAGUUCUGCCAGUAAUAUCAUGUUUGAGUCACAAGACAUUGAUGGUCCUGCUUUGGAGCACGCUACAUAUUUUAAGGAAGAAAGAGAGGUUUAUAUAAGUGAGAAGUCUUCAGAUAAAGGCCUUGAUGAAGUUUGUACCUUUAAUAAGGAGUCUGUCAAAGAGUUGAGUCCGGUUAUGCCUAAGGUUGAUCAUUUUGACAUUUCUUCAAGUCCAGUUAUGAACAAUGAUAAACAAGAGAUUGAAGAAAACAAUUUUUUCCCUGGAGAUCAUGGUUUUGUACUCUUGCAGAAGAGGGCUGAGUCAGAGAAAAAUCGUUCUGCAAAGGGCCCUGAAUCAAGUGUAACUGAAGAUGACCAUCCUAGAAAGAAAGAGGAGGAUUCACAAGGUGUUGGUGAAAAGGAAGGUAUUAAAGAUUCAAGAACGACACCAAGAAAGAAGGUGAAAAAGAGGUCGCUUAGGCCAAGGAUCAUGGUUGAUGGUAAAAGUUCAAGGAAGACUGCCAAGGUCAGCGUGACAAAGCCUGUCACUUUGCGCAAGAAAACUGUGUCCGGGAAAAGAAAGAAAAACGAAGCAGAAGUUCUUGUUGGACCUGACACUCCCGGGAAGCAAAAUUCUUCAAAGAGAAGAAAACUCGAGAAGAAGAGCAAACACGAGUCAAUUAUUGAACCUGUAACUCCGAGUUCUCUUGAGAGUGGGAUGGGUGCGAAGAAGGUUGCUGCAUUUGCUAACGUGGCUCGAGCUUUGAUAUUUGACCAGGAAAGUCAGCCAGGAGAAGAUAAUCUUCUCACUCCGCUUGUGCAUGUAGAUGGGCAUGUCAACCCCAACUGUAAUGAAAUUGCAAAACUUAGCUGUGCGGCAGAGCAAGUUGUUAUUCUACCUGACGGUGACUUAGUAGGAGAUCCGAAUUCUGCCUCGCUGAGGAAAGUAUUGGAAAAUAGGUUAGGAGGUCAGAGAUCAGAGGUAUCAAAGCAAAAUCUGUGUCUUGAUUCCAGAAAAAAUCUUGGGCCGAAUUUUCCAGAACUGAACAAGAGAAGGAGGACAAUUAGGAAGCCUAGGGCUGAUUUCCUCACUUUGAUUUUUGACAUUUCAUCAGCCGUUCAGGAAGCAAAAUCAAGAAACUCCAACGGGAAACGUAACAUGUCUAAAUCUAAAAGGCUUCUUGAGUUCACUUGGAAAAAACGAUCAAAGAGGUCUGUCCGUGUCCGGAAUAUGAGCAAGUGGACUGAAAUUUCUCUUUUCAAUGGGUUGCCAAAAAGAGGCCUAGCCUUACUAGGAAGCCGUGAAACGAAGAAUAGCCAUGCCAAGGGAGUUCCAAAAAUCACCUGGCUUACCCAAGAGGUUCAAAACAACAAAGCCAAAGAACCUAUCUUAUUGCAUGAUAAUGGAAGCCAAUCAUUAGGCUUCACUGCACUACAGAACUAUGGCUUGGUUCAAAAUAUUGGUCAAGCAUCUUGCUGCAGAAUAGAACCCUAUCCAUUGGGGCAGCAUUUGGAGCGUUCAUUUUCUCAAGAACAUCAUCAGUUUGUCCAGGACACUCUUUGGCUUGCAAAAAAUGGUUCUUCCCUGGAGCAUGAAGCUGCUGGGAACUUAUAUCAGAAUAAGUGUCUUCUGAUGUGUAAUGGAGAGGUUUCCCCACAGAAUGAAGAUGCUAGAGCAUUGUACAAGAACCAACUUCCGUUGAGGCUUUACUUAAAUCCUGCAGAAGUUCCAUUGCAGUUUCAAGAGACACGGUUCUUAUAUGAGAACUUUACGAGAUCUUUCAAUUUUGUGCCCUCCAUGACCUACUCGGGUUUUUUACACUGUGAUGGUUCUAAAGAAACCGAGGAUAUGAAGCUGUUAAUCCAAAAAAUGAGAAGUUUGGAUAUCAAUGGGAGGGCUAUGGAUCUCAGUGUAACAGUCAAAGCUAACAGAAAACAGGUUAGGAAAAAGGGAAAGGUUCCCAAUUCUGAGAGGCAACUCAUUGUGCCAAAUCAUGCUGCUCAAGGUUCUAAUAUGCUGGUUCCUUAUGAGGAACAAGUGAAGCAGAAAGUGAAGGGAAAGGUUCACCUUGAUCUGGAGACCGUUAAGGAGUGGCAGUUCUUAAUGAUGAACGACCUUCCAGGUGGACCAAAUGCAGAUGAGGAAAGAGAGGAAAAAUGGGAGACAGAAAGAGAAUUCUUCAGGGGUCGUGUGGACCUUUUUAUAAAACGGAUGCAUCUUCUGCAAGCUGAUAGGAAGUUCAAGCAAUGGAAAGGCUCAGUUGUCGAUUCAGUGGUUGGAGUUUUUCUCACACAGAAUGUCUCUGAUAACCUUUCAAGCAAUGCUUACAUAAGCCUGGCUGCAACAUUUCCCAUCGAGGAAACAGAAGACACCGAGUUUGUUGAUAAUUCUAUUGGGCAAUUUGAGACAGUGGUAAAUUCAGAAGGUCUAACAUACUUCAUUGAUGUACCUCCAGAAGAAAACAAGGACGGGUCGGAGGUUAAUGAUUCUGUUGGUGAGGACCAAGGAUCAACUCAUGUAAGCACCAUGACUCGUAAAGAUAUCAAUACAACCUUGUGGGAAGAAAUAAACCGUGGUGGAUGUAAUGCAAUGCUUUCAUGUGAUGAAAACGGAAUAGUUGAGGUUGAGCAUGAAACAUCAAAGAAGCACGCAGAGUCUGAAAAUCAAAGAUCGAGCUUUCACAAAAUGAACGAUGACUUAAAGAGUUCAUUUACUUCUAUCUCAUCAUAUGAAAAUGAAAAUUUCCUGAAUAUGGAGGAAAUGGAGAGAUUGAUACCUGUGGAAGGUCAAGGAAGGAAAACACCAGCGGUGAAAGAACCACAGAAAGCUACUCAGAAAAGGAACAAGAAAACUGGUGUGAUGGAAGAUGAGAAAGUUGACUGGAAGAGUAUUAGAAGAAUGUAUACAAAGGAAGGACCUCGAGACAGAAACCAAAAGGAUUCUGCCGAUUGGGAUGCUGUAAGAGUAUCUGACCAAGGAGCUGUUGCAAGCGCCAUCAAAGACAGGGGGCAACAAAACAAUAUUGCAGGGAGAAUACAGGAUUUCCUUAACAAAGAGGUUAAAGAAAAUGGAACCCUAGAUCUUGAGUGGCUACGUGAUGCUCCACCAGAUCUAGUGAAGAGAUUUCUCCUUGGGAUAGAUGGCUUGGGGUUAAAGAGUGUAGAGUGCAUACGGCUUUUGGCACUUAAGCAUAUUGCUUUCCCGGUUGACACAAACGUUGGUCGGAUAGCAGUUCGGCUUGGGUGGGUUCCCCUUGAACCUCUCCCUGAUGAAGUGCAGAUGCAUCUGCUGGACGAGUAUCCGCUCAUGGAUUCAAUUCAAAAGUACCUCUGGCCAAGACUGUGUAGACUUCCUCAAUCUACUCUGUAUGAACUCCACUAUCAGAUGAUUACAUUUGGAAAGGUUUUCUGCACAAAGAAGAGUCCGAAUUGUAAUGCGUGUCCGAUGAAGGCAGAGUGUAAACAUUUUGCAAGUGCAUAUGCCAGUUCACAGCUUCUCCUCCCAGGCCCGCAAGACAAGAAAACAGAGGACUCGGACAGUUUCCUUGUACCCGCAACUCCUCAUAUAAAUGCAAACCAGACAGUGCAGAUAACAUCCAUAGAGGGGAACUCCUCUCCUGAAUACAGAAGCCAGACCAACAGCUCUGAGCCCAUAGUCGAGGUCCCACCUUCCCCGACUCCAGAAAUACCCGAGUUAAUAGAUAUUGAAGAUACUCCUUGCAGGGCUUCAUGUCAGCCAAAUGGUGAAAUCCCUGACAUUGAUGUUGACAUGGAAACAUUCAAGAAAAACGUACAUGAUGCCAUUCUAAACAUCAGAAAGAUGCUGAAUAGUCACAAUGCUGAAGAAGUAUCAAAAGCUUUAGUUGCUUCAACGCCAGAAAACGCUUGCAUCCCGAUGCCAGCCCCAAGACUGAAGUAUUAUAACCGGUUAAGGACUGAACAUGUGGUCUAUGUUCUUCCAGAUGACCAUGAACUUCUCCGAGGGUUUGAGAGAAGAGAACCUGAUGAUCCGAGUCCGUACCUUCUUACAGUCUGGCAACCAGGUGAAAAGUCACAUUCUUUCACCCCACCAAAGAAGAAAUGCAAUUCAGAUGGAUCAGAGCUCUGCAACGACCAGACCUGCUUUCAUUGUUGCAAUAUACAAGAAGAAAAUUCCAAGAUUCUCCGUGGAACAAUCCUGGUUCCCUGCAGGACAGCAAUGCGAGGCAGCUUCCCACUCAAUGGAACAUACUUCCAGAUCAACGAGGUAUUUGCAGAUCAGGAAACAAGUCUAAAACCCCUUGUGUUUCCCAGGGAGUGGACUCAUGGGCUAGAAAAACGUGCAUUGUACUGCGGUUCAUCGAUAUCAUCCAUCUUUCGAGGUCUAGACACAAGACGGAUUCAACUGUGCUUUUGGACAGGGUACGUCUGCCUGAGAGGGUUCCAUCGGGAGAAACGGAUUCCACAAGAACUCGCAGGAAGGCUCCACACGCCGCCUAACAAAAGGGGCAAGAAGUUUGAGAGAGACGACGGCUAAUGAUUCUUGGAACAUCAAAACAUAGUUUUGUGUCUGAAUGAACAGAGAAGGCAGUACAGUACUCAUCUAACCGAUUCGUGUCUAUAUAUAGGAAUAGGGUUUUUAGUCUGUGUAUAUAUAGGAAAUAGUGCACAGCUCUGAUAUAGUUUUGCUUAGUUUUUUGAAAGCUGAUUUUUGCUAUUUAUUUUUUGAUUUAACGACUUAUUAUAAAUAGAUGGUUUAAUCGUAUUUUGGA